AUGGAAUCUUAAUCAUAAUUUAAUCAUAAUAAUAAUAAACUAGCUUAAAUUAAAUAAUCUAUAUUUUAAAAAAACACAUUGAUCGAUGAUGUUAAACCUUAGCAAUUUAAAGAAACACUUGUUGAUAGAUCUCGCUAAAGAUACUUGUUUGAGCAAAAAAAUAAUAAAUUGUAAUAAUCACAUCAUGGAGAUUCUGAAAUUUAAGAAAGUAGCUUGUAAGAUGGAAUGAAUAAUACAUUUGAAAUGCAAUAGUGUAUAUCUGUUGAAAGGAGAUCAUUUCAAGAAAACUAUUAGGGCGGGAUCAACUAAAAUACAAGUAAUGAUUAAGAUAAUAGUGAAUAAAUAAUCUAAACCUAAAUUUAAAAUGGCUCCUUUUCACAACAAAUAAUAAAAUAAGGAUUCAGAAAGAUAGAUAGUAUGAUGACAUUUGAUUAAAAAGAAUAAAAUAAGUUAUAUAGCACACCGGAAAGUGAUAAAAAAGGAGUUAACCUUUAAGAUAAAACCAAUGCAGUGAAUUCUUCGAAUGAACCAAUAAAUGAGGACUAACUCUUCUAAGUAACAAACAGAUUUUUAGAAAAGAAGAUAAGUAUAAAAAAUGAAAAUAAUAAAGAAAUUUGGCUUUAAGAGGAAAUUUUUUAUGAAAAAAAUUUAAAGAGGAUGGAAACAAAAUUAAAUAACUAAUUGAAAGGGUAGUAGUAGUAUAUACAUUAAGAUGAUAAUAGGUUACCUAAAUAUAUGUAGAACUAUUAAAAUAAAACUAAUAUUAUUCAUAGACUUUUAAAUAGCUCUAUGUUUAGAGCUGUGAAAAUAAGAUAGCAUGUUUAGAGUUUUGUUAAAUUUUUAAAACUAAGACAUUUUAAUAGAAAGAUUGAUGAUCUUAAUCAGAAUGAAUAUUUAUAAAUAAACGAUUUAAGCCACUUUUAUAUUCUGAAUGAUAAAAAAAACUAGAACUAUUUCAAUUCUUCUCUAAUUUACUGGUUUGAUAGUCUUUUUAAUUUUUUACCAGUGUUUAUGCCCACUGAUUUAACAAGAGUUAUUUGGGAUAUGGUAUAAGUUAUUUUCACAUAUUCGUUUCUUUACAUAUACUCCUUACUUAUUUUCUUUGACUAAGAUAACUUUAAGUCUAAAUUCAUUUAAAGACUUUGCCUUUUUUCUUUAAUAAACUUUUUAGCAGAUAUUAUCAUAAAUUUAAACACAGCAAUAUUUAAUAAAGACAAUAUGAUUGAUAAGCGUAAAUUUAUAGCAAAGUAGUACUUUUUUUCAACAACAUUUGUUACUGAUUUUCUGACUUUGACUGUACUAAUUUCUAAAUUAAUUAACUCCAGCUCAUUAACUGUUCAAGAUCAAAAUGAUAAUUGGUAUAGAUAUGCUUUUAAUGCUCUAAUAUUCCUUAAAGUGAAUGGAAUUUCUUAGAAAAAAAAGAGAUUUGAUUACAUAAUUACUUUAACAGAAAAUUAAAAACAUAUAAUUAAGCUUAUAAAUUAAAUAGCAGUUAUUAUGACAGUAGCUCAUAUCGCUGGAAUAGGUUGGUAUUUUUUAGGUGUUUAAGAGAUGAAAAGUAGUUAAAAUAACUGGCUAGACAAAGUUGGUAUAUCGCAAUUAGAAUAUUAUGAAAAAUAUGCUUAUUCUAUAUACUGGUCAAUCACUACUAUGACUACAGUUGGCUAUGGAGAUAUUAAUGCUACAAAUUAUAUAGAAGCACUUUAUAUAUCCUUCACAAUGAUUCUUUUUAGUUGUGUAUUUGCUUAUUCUAUUAAUAAUAUAGGUUUUAUUCUAUAAGAAAUAGAAAAAUCUUCUAAAUAGCUUAACGAUGAUAUCGCUAUAAUUUAAAGGUAUUUGAUUAGGAAAGAUGUUCAUAUUUAGCUUAAAAGUAGAGUAAGGCAUUAUUUAUCAUUCUUAGCUCAUGAAUAAAAAAAUAUCGAUAAAUAAGCAGAAGAUCAAGUACUUUCCGUACUUUCUAAUUAAUUAAGAGAGGAAAUUACUAUGGAAAUAAAUUCUAAAAUUCUAAAUACCUAUUUUGUGUUGAGGUCUAAUUUUUCAUAAGCCACUCUAAAAAAAGUAUUAUUUAUAAUGGAAGAAGUUCUUGUAAAUCCUAAUGAAAUAAUCAUAAGUGAGCAAGAAUAGGAUGAUUCCUCAAUAUAUUUCAUUUAAAGUGGAAUUAUAGAGAUAUAUUAACAUUCAAUUCAAAAACAAAAAAAAGUAAAUGUAAUAAAAAUUUUAAAAAAAGGUCAAAUAUUUGGUGAACUAUCUUUUUUUUCUGGUAUUCCAAGAUAAGCUUCAGCUAGAAGUGUCAAUUUAUCAACGCUUUACAAAAUAAGAAGAGAUUAAUUCAUAGAAAUAUUGAAAGAAAAUACUGAGGAUUUUGAGAGAUUCAAAAUGAUGCAAGAUCAAAUUAUAUUUUAGAAUAAAUUAACUUCUAUUCAUGUUGAAUGCUUCAGUUGUAAGAAGAUAGGCCACAUAGCUAUUCAAUGUCCAAGAACUCACAAGAUUAAAGAUUAGCAGCUAAUUAUUUUAAGAAAUAAUUAUUCUAUUUUUUAAGCUAGAGAUUAUAUCAAAAGAAAAAACAAUUAAAAGUCUCCUAAUGCUUAUAAAUGGCUUAAAUAAAACUAAGUAGUUUGUAAUGAUUUAAAGGUGAAAUUAAAAGAGCAGAAUCUUGAGUUUUAUAAAAUGUUUGAAACAAAAGAGCAUCUUUUAACAUCUGAAUACUCUUAGUCAAAGUUUUAAAUUGAUGAAGAAGAAGAAUUAAUGUCAUAGAAUCCAUUAUAUUUUGAUGAGUAGAUAAUGGAAACAAAUUAAAGAGUUUUGAAUAAAGCUUAGUAAAAAAAAAAGGCUGAUGCAGCUAUGAUAUGGAUAAGAAAAACAAAUUGUUUUAACACUUAAAAUAUAGAAGAAAGUGAAGGUCCUUUAAAUUAAGAAAAGCACUCAUCGACUGCAAAAUCUAAUUCUAAUUUAGAAAAUUUAGAUUUUUUAAAAGCUGCUUCUAAUUUUUAAGGUUUUUAAAUAAAGACUAUGUCAUUUGAAGGAUAAGAUAACUAGAACAGAAAAUAAGAUCCUCAAAAAAAAGAGUAUAUUUUUUCUUAAUAAUCCAAAGGUAUUAACAAAGUAGAUACGGAUUCUAAUAACUAAAGUAUGCUUGAUUUUAUAAAUCAGUAAAUAAGCUUGAAAGAAGAAGAUACUUCUGCUCUAAAUAGCCCUAAAAAAUUAGAAAUCCAAAGAUAAAAUUAACCAGCUUUAAGUUUUAUAAAUUUGCAGUAAUCUGACAUUGAUAAGAAGUAAUUAAAAAAUGGUUUUAGCAAUAAUCAUUUAAAUAUUUAAUAUUCCAAAUAAAUAUCAUAUCAAUCAUCGGUAGAUGAUUAAAAUGUAAACAAAUAACUAAAUGCUUAGCUAAUUUAACAAAAUUCAAGUGAUUAUUAAAAUAAAUAGUAGAAUAAUAAAGAUAGAAGUUUUGAUCAUUUCUAAAAAUAAUUAAACCAAAAAGAUAUUAAAUAUUUAUUAGAGUAAAUUUUAUUGCAUAAUAUUAUUUUCAACAGUUUAUUAUUUGAUAAUAAGAUUCAUUAGUUACCGUAAUAAAACAUUUAAAAUAAUGCUUUAAACACCCAACAAGAUCUUGUAGAUAAAAGCUUUAUUGACAAACGAAUUAAAAGCUUUCAAGAUGAUAAUUUUUUAAAACGUAUUAGUUCUAUUAGAUCUAAUAGAGACAAUAAAGAAAAAAGGUCAAGUUAAAUUUCACAGAACUCAAACUACUUAAAUACCUAAUAGAGAAAAGAUAAUAAAAUUAUUAUAGGCUCUAAUAAUAAUGAUAUAACAUAAAAUAUGGAUUUUAUUUAAAAUAAUAAAUAUAAUUUAAUAUAGGCAGUGUCUAAUAUUAUUCAAAAUACCUAAAUACCUUUGCUUUUCCAAAAUAAUAAAAGUUCUUCAUAAACAGUAUCUGAAGAUUUACCAAUCUCAGUAGAAUAAUUUGAUAAAAUUCAAUUCUUCAAAAAAUAUUAUCCUCAUAAUAAUUUUGAAAUAGUCUUGUAAAGUCUAAAAGAAUACCAGUCUGAGUAAAAGAAAAUAAAGAAAAAUAACUUAGCUAAGCAACGUCGAUAAAAUAUUGGAGUAAGCACUGAUUUAAUUGUUUACAUGUAUUAAGGAAAUGCUAAUUUUAUUAAAUUUAUUCCAUAAGAUUAUAAUAUUAAUUUAUAUAAACCAACUCAUCUAUCUUAUGGAGUAAAAAUGUAAAAAGGCAUUAAAUUUCCUAAAAAUUUUAAUAAUUUAAAUAAUAAUUGA